AACUCAGAUGAGACCAUGUCAUAUGAGAGCUGUCAUCGCUUCUCACCUUUGGUUUUUAAAUCUACAAGUUUUUAGUAUGCUUGUGAAUGUUCUCAGAAUCCUACUACAUCACUUUUGUAUUCUCUUUGAGUAAUUUUUUGAAAGUCUUGUACCAUUAAAUAUGUACUUACUAGAGAACACUAAAAUUACUGACAAUUUUUUUUUUUUUUUGAGUGGUGGUAUGCUAUUUUGGGGUGGGAGAAAUGUUGAGCUCUGUGUGACUAAGUCAGGAAAUAUCUAGAUUCACAGGUUUGCAGCUGUUUGAAUUGUAGGUCAUAGACUAGUCUAGCGUUUGAAGUAGAAUACAGAUCUCCAGUUCUGCCAUUCUGUAGAAAUGGGAGUAAUCAGCACUGAAGAAUAGUCUUUUGUUUCCAUAUUGCACAAUUAAGUAUAUGGCUAUUUCUGGAGAAGACCAACCCACCAAAAAAAACAACCAACCAAAACCACCCCCCGCCCCCCUCCAAAACCUCCAAAAAAACACACCACAAAUCAAACCUUGCUAGCAUCCUUUGGAAUCUUGAUCUCUUCUAAUUAUGCACUGCAUCUCUGCUCCCAUUAGCAGCCCUAAGAGGAGAGCUAAAGGGGUCCCUUGUGAUAUCUGUGCAUAUUUUAAAUACUGUAUAGUAUAGUUGGUGUCAUCUAUUCAUGCUGACAAAAAAAUAACUGAAUGAAAUGUAGAUAUAAAUCUACCUUUACCACUAUGGGGAUGCUAAUCCAAGCAGAAGUAAAGUUACCAGGUAUGAGGCUGUUGCCUCAUCUUUCGUUUUUUUCCUUAGUCUGCUGGGAAAUGACAAAAGCAAGUAGCUUCUCUUUGGAUAUUAAGCUGGCUGUGAACAGAGUCUGUAGAUAGCUAAAACUGCACGCAAACACUGUUUGCUAAUGGAACAAAUCUUAAACAUAUGUUCUAAAGAGCUUUCGAUUUUUCUUGAGAGAGAAAUUCAAGAGAAAUUCUAUAAACAUGAGAUCCUUGUGCUGAGAUUUCACUGGAAGAGGAGAGAGAACUUCAGGAGAACGCAGGUAAGCCAGAUUUUUAAAUGCAAGUGGACACUCACAAGAUAAAGUACAGGCUUUAUUUACUGCCUGUAAUAAACUGUUUAUAGUAAGUCUGAUUUCUCCAUGUUAGCUUACUGUGUGAGCCCACCUCAGUUUUACUGUAAUUUAUAGUCAAGCUUAGAUUAGAUUAAAUAUAAAUAAAUCACAUGGUUUUGCAAUUUUCAAAGGUAGAUAAAACCUAGUAUGAUAGCCCUUGACUUUCAAUGCAGUGGUAUGUAGAAAUGCAAAGAAACUGCUUUUUCAGUCCAGUGUCUUAUCUUUACCAUACCAUUUAGUACCACAUGAGAGCUUUACAGCCGUUGCUGAUCAUUUUGCAAUGGUGGUGUUUGCUUUUUGCCUGUGCGUUGACUCUUAAGCCUGUAAAUUUGCUAACUAGGACUGACUUGUGUUCCAGAUGUCAGUGCCUGUGCUUUUAUUAAUUUUCUUAAAUUCUGAUCUAGUGACUGACACUAAUGACAGGAAAUGAUUAACGAAUGGGAUCUUGCUGAGAAUGUGUCACAUUCUCAUGUUUGUGUAGAACUGGUGAUACGCUGCAUUACUGGCUUUUGUACAUUCUCUGCCACUUUCUAAUUGUUGAAACACUUAAAUUUGUUUUGCUUCAUUUCAAGCUCUUUAAUAAAAGCUCCAGACAAGCCAACUGUCAGCAGCUGUUAAUAAACUAAUUGCUUCCAGGUAAUCUCCUUUGCUGCUUAAAUGUUUUUUAAGGCACAUUAGACUCAUUAAAAAAAUAUAAAAAUCUGCUCUAUCAGUUGUACCAUUUUUCAGGAAUCUUUGGUGGAAGAAUCAGGACUGCUACAUGGAAAAUGAGAAUAAAGGGGGGACCCAUGGAGGCUCCUCACAGAGUGAGGGGAGGUGGUGAGUCAGUGUCCUCUGGGGCGUCCUAACGCAGACCGAGCUGCAGUGUCUCUACUCGCCUCCCUGCAGCUUCUCUGAAUGGCUGCAGUCAAUGGCAAGUCUGGAUUUGCUUCAGCCUUGUAAGAUGGGUAUUUCUGUUUAAAAAUAUUCUUUUAGGGUAUGCUGAAAUUUUGAAAGGGUUUAAAAUGGCCAAAGUUCUAGAUGAGGUUGCUGGAACACUCAAAGUAAAUCUGGGCUAGGGGUUUUGAGGUUGUGGCAGAAUCACUGAGCGGUGCUUCCUCCUACCUAGGGCUUCCAUGUCCGUCCAGUGCUGCUUUGCUGCCCUUAUCUUCUUACCAGUACUUGAAAAACCUGCCAGCAAGGUUUUGAACUGGGUUGUUUGUCAAGUGCAGGCCACACCUCUGCUUGCAGCUGGAAGGCAGCCCGGUCCUGCGCAAAGCAAAGCUUCAGACUUCAGACGGAGCCGGUGGCCUGCAGCCUGCCACAGCCAAGGGUCCAGGGACUCUUAUUUUCUGCGUUUCCCUGUCAGGUUUUCUGUGGAGACAACAGGACGUUUUCCCCAUGUUCCAUGAGGUGCUGCGGGGCCCGCUUCCACCCAGAGUGCUGCCUUUUCUGGCAGCUGUGCUUUUCCAAAGGAAGGAGAGGAAGGAGACGGGGUUUUAUCACUGGCGGUGGGAGAAGCACCCUUACUACAACCUAACAGUAAAAGUCCUCCAAGCCAGAAACAUCAAGGGUACAGAUCUGCUGUCCAAGGCAGACUGCUAUGUGGAGCUAAAGCUGCCCACUGCGUCUCCCAAAGUGUUCCGAACUCAGGUUGUUGACAACUCUGAUAACCCAGAAUGGAAUGAAACUUUCAAGUAUCGAAUCCAUAGUGCUGUUAAGAACAUUCUGGAAUUGACACUCUAUGAUAAGGAUGUCCUCGUCAGCGAUGAGCUCACAUCUGUUGUCUUUGAUGUAGGGGGCAUGAAGCUGGGUCAGCCCCUGCUGCGUACUUUCAGGUUGAACCCUGAGGCUAAUGAAGAGCUGGAUGUAGAGUUUUACUUGGAGAAAUGCUCAGAUGCCCCUACAGAGGUUUUGACUAAUGGAGUCCUUGUGGUUCAUCCUUGCUUGUCUUUGCAAGGCACUAUCAACAAAGAGGAAAAAAAAAAAGAGAAACAGAAAGGGAGCUGUGAGGUCAAGGUGUCUGUUCCAGGGGCGUAUCAGAAGCAGUUGUGCAUUCCUUGGAGACCAGACAAUGAGAAGGAUUAUGGAACCUCAUUUGUGUUUCAUAUGGAUAAAGAAAUGUGUCCAGAACUGCAAGUGGAGCUGGAGCAAACCAUAUCUGUCUUACAGGAUGGUAUGAACCCUGAUAUUGAAAAGCAUACUACAGUUCUGGGACUGGGAACUGUGCUAGUUAAUUCCCUUCCUAUUGGACAAAAAGUUGAAAGAAUCAUUUCUCUGGGAGAGGGACAAAGUUUGGAUAUGAGUUUGAAAACUGAAGAGAGCACUUGGGAUCUUGAUAUACGUCUGGGUUUUGACCUCUGUAAAGAGGAGAGAGAAUUUUUGGACAAAAGGAAGAAAAUAGUUUCUGAGGCACUGAGGAAAACUCUUCACUUAAAAGAAUCCCCUCCAAAAGAUGAGGUCCCAGUUGUAGCGGUACUGGGGUCUGGAGGUGGGAUGAGAGCACUGACAUCGUUCUACGGCAGUCUUGCUGGGCUUCAGCAGCUGGGCCUUUUGGAUGCUGCAAUGUAUGUGUGUGGGAUUUCUGGCUCUACUUGGUGUUUAUCAACAUUGUAUCAAGACCCUAACUGGUCACAGAAGGACCUUCAAGAUGCAAUCAGAAGAGCUCAGGAUACUGUGUCCAGCAGUAAAGCAGGGGCAUUUUCCCCAGAACGACUGAAGUACUAUUUCCAGGAGCUGAAUGCAAUGGAGAUCAGUGGACGGAAGGUUUCCUUUACAGAUUUGUGGGGCCUUAUUGUGGAAUAUUUCCUACAACAGAAGGAAGAUCCGUCAAAGCUGUCUGAUCAGCAAGAAGCAGUGAAAUGGGCCCAGAACCCUUAUCCUAUCUAUGCAGCUGUCAACGUGAGACCCAAUAUUAGCAGUGGCGACUUUGCCGAAUGGUGCGAGUUCACUCCCUAUGAAGUUGGAUUUCGCAAAUAUGGAGCUUUUGUCCAAACAGAGGACUUUGACAGUGAGUUCUUCAUGGGACGGCUCAUCCGGAAACGUCCAGAGCCUAGGAUUUGUUUUCUACAAGGAAUUUGGGGCAGUGCCUUUGCUGCAAGCUUGGAUGAUAUCUGCCUGAAGGUGAUUGGUAUAGGACUGGGCUUUCUAGAUUCUUUCAAAGAUGUUAUCAGAGUUGUAGAUGACUGCCGAAGAUUCCAUUUCCGAGAUCCAACACGACUGAAGACUCGCUUGGUUAUACCUGGGGGCCCCUUGUUACAAAUUUUUCAGGAUUUCUUCAAGUCCCGGGUCACAUGUGGAGAAACCUUCAACUUCAUGCAGGGAUUGUAUCUUCAUAAAGAUUAUGUUAAUAUCAAGAAAUUUGUGGCUUGGAGAGGCACUCAUCUGGAUGCAUUUCCCAACCAGCUGACCCCCAUGGAAGAGAACUUGUAUUUAGUGGAUGGUGGCUUUUCUAUCAACUCUCCCUUUCCUUUGGUACUUCAGCCAGAGAGGGAUGUGGAUGUUAUCUUGUCAUUCAAUUUUUCUUGGGAAGCUCCGUUUGAGGUUUUAGAACUGACUCAGAAAUACUGUGAGGAGCGGGAAAUUCCUUUUCCAAGAAUCAAAUUGAGUGAGGAAGAUGAAAAGAAGCCAAAAGAGUGUUACAUGUUUGUAGAUGAUGAUAAUCCAAAGGCUCCAAUUGUGCUCCAUUUCCCACUGGUGAAUGACACCUUCCAGAAAUACAAAGCUCCAGGAGUUAAACGUGAGUCAGAAGAAGAGAAAUCCUUUGGUGACUUUGUCAUUGAGUCAAAAGAUUCUCCUUACCGUACACUAAAUUUCACCUUUGAGCCGUAUGAUUUCAACAGGUUAGUGGAAGUGAAUCGCUACAACGUUCUGAACAGCAAGGACACUCUCUUCAAAACCCUAAACUUGGCUCUGCAAAGGAGAAAGUUGAAGAAAGUCAUCAAUACAUCCAACACAUGAGCAGCUUCCAUAGCUGAGGAUACAGACAGGCUGCAGCGUACAAAACUCAUGUGGUGCGAGACACAAUAUUGAAAACUCAUAGCUGGAAGCUGCCCUUUUGGGAAGUGAGUGGCACUAGUGACACUGAAAAUUCAUUCUGGAUAACAGAUGUUCUUAUGAAAACUUAAGGGAUGUACAGUACAACAUGGAUGUUGCUUUGUUUUGUGGGGAAGAGUAGAGAAUUAUCUAGCAUGGUAUCUCAUCUGAUAGUGGCUGAUACCAGAUGACUAGGACCACCUUUUCAAACAGUUCAAGCAUCAGGAGAAUAAUCUUUGAGAUUCCACUGAGUGAGGCAUCUCUUUUUGUCAAAGGUGCAGCAAUGUUUGAGGAAACACUAAUUUCUUCUAUACCUUUAUCUCUCUUGCUUUAUGAACCUCCCUCCAUGAACUACAAUUUACAUCGUCUGUCAAGGAAUUCCACAGAUUGUACCUAUGCGCUGAGAGAGGGAAUGUGUCCUUUUUGCUUUCAACUUGCUACUGCCUGAUGCCCAUGUACUUUCAAGACUGAACAGUCAUUAUCUGCUUUCCAUUUUUGCCAUUCGUGGUUUCAAGGAUCUCUGUGAUAUUCCCAUCCUACUCUUCGGAAGGAUUAUAAUGGCUUUUAGUCUCCCAGAAGUUCAAUGUAGAGUACCUUACUUAGGUAACUGUUUGGUUUUGAGGAAAUAAUAGUUCCCUUUUUUUAUAUGUAACAAUUAAAGACAUAUCAUGGGAUUGUGUUGCUGCUUCCUACAGUUUGAUCAUCACAAACUGAUGAAACAGUCAAAAUGCUGUAAGUUCAAUCUUUUGCUUUCUCUGUAAGAGGAAGGAAGGCUCCUUUGAAGAAUCUGAAUUAGAUAUUUUUACCUUACACUUGGGCUUGCAAUUCAGCCAGACCUUUGUUCAAGUUAUUUCUGUGUAUCUAUAUAUUUUAGAAACAUCAAUAUUCAAAGUAGGCACACCUUAUGAAUGUGAAUGAAUAAAAUGUCAAAUGCUGCUACGGUGUGGGAUGGAAUUCACCUCACUUUGCAGAAAGCUCAGGGAGAAGUACUGAAUUAUGCACUUGGAAAAUAUCUAAUAGAAAAUGGCGGCAAACAAACACCAUGUACCUUUCUGGCUUUUACAUUGAACUGAAUGUAUUGAUUCUGUACUCGAAAACUGGAGACAGGAAAUUUGUCUUUUCUGAAAUUAUGUAAAGGCUUAUAAACAGGUAUGAUUCUUGAUAUUUUUUUAAUAUGUUUCUCUUUAUAAAUACUAGUUUUGUUAAUGUGCUUUUCAUGAUUUUUCAUAUAAACACUUAAUAUAUUUUUCCUUAUUCUAAUAAAAAGUAAGCAAAAAAGUCAAUGUAAUACUAUAUUGCUUAGUUUCGUUUAUUACAUCAGGAUACCUGACAGUGAGAAAAAUGACAAGUCUAUCUCGGACUGGUAUCCACAGCAGUGGGAAGUAAUCUCUUCAUUGUGAGACUCCUCUUUGAGGAAGCAUGGCUCAUAACUGAAUUUUUUAGAUGUAUUUUGAACAGUGACUUCAUCUGGGUGAUUAGACUUACCUGGUAUCUGGAAAGAUGUAUUCUUAAAGUUCUUUGUAUGUGUCUACUUAAGCUGAAAUAAGAGAAACAGCAACUUAAUGUUAA